UAAUCCUUCGCGUGUAGGGGAAAAAUGGAAUCCUAAAGACAGGCAGCUCCUAGGCACCAGCACAGGAAAUAAGCAAUGGAGGUGGGGUCCUUUGCUCGCGCCGAAAUUCAAAGGAAUAAAUAGUUCCGGCGCGGGUGAGAGCGGUGCGGCAGGUGUUGUAUCCGCUAUGGUGAAGUUCUCUUCGUAGCAGCCGCGGCUAGAGAGUUGGCCUGCUCCCCGCCUUUGUGACCCGGAGGAGCUUUUGGGGUGCGUCAAGCCCUGGCCUGAGGCAGCGAACUGGUUUGUGGCCUGUUUGAUUCCUGUCAGAGGUUUGCUGACCCAAGACAGUAUCGAAAAUGCAUAUUAAGUCAAUUAUUCUAGAGGGAUUCAAGUCCUAUGCUCAGAGAACCGAAGUCAAUGGUUUUGACCCCCUCUUCAAUGCUAUCACUGGCUUAAAUGGUAGUGGAAAAUCAAACAUAUUGGACUCCAUCUGCUUUUUGCUGGGCAUCUCCAACCUGUCUCAGGUUCGAGCUUCUAAUUUACAAGAUUUAGUUUACAAAAAUGGGCAGGCUGGUAUUACCAAAGCCUCUGUGUCAAUCACAUUUGAUAAUUCUGACAAAAAGCAAAGUCCUUUAGGAUUUGAGGUUCAUGAUGAAAUCACAGUAACAAGGCAGGUGGUUAUUGGUGGUAGAAAUAAAUAUUUAAUCAAUGGAGUCAAUGCUAACAACACAAGAGUACAGGAUCUCUUCUGUUCUGUUGGCCUUAAUGUUAACAACCCUCACUUUCUCAUCAUGCAGGGCCGAAUUACAAAAGUAUUGAAUAUGAAACCUCCAGAGAUUUUAUCCAUGAUAGAAGAAGCAGCUGGAACCAGGAUGUAUGAAUACAAAAAAAUAGCUGCACAGAAAACUAUAGAAAAAAAGGAGGCUAAGCUGAAAGAAAUUAAGACGAUACUUGAAGAAGAGAUUACUCCAACCAUUCAAAAAUUAAAAGAGGAAAGAUCUUCCUACUUGGAGUACCAAAAAGUGAUGAGAGAAAUAGAACAUUUGAGUCGUUUAUAUAUUGCUUACCAGUUUUUGCUGGCUGAAGAUACCAAAGCACGCUCAGCUGAGGAGUUAAAAGAAAUGCAAGAUAAAAUUAUAAAGCUUCAGGAAGAAUUGUCUGAGAACGAUAAAAAAAUAAAAGCACUUAAUCAUGAAAUAGAAGAACUGGAAAAAAGAAAAGAUAAGGAAAUUGGAGGUAUACUUCGAUCUUUAGAAGAUGCUCUUGCAGAGGCUCAGCGAGUUAAUACUAAAUCUCAAAGUGCAUUUGAUCUCAAAAAGAAAAAUCUGGCAUGUGAAGAAAGCAAACGCAAAGAGCUGGAAAAAAAUAUGAUUGAGGACUCUAAAACUUUAGCAGCAAAGGAAAAAGAAGUUAAAAAGAUAACAGAUGGACUGCAUGCCCUUCAAGAAGCAAGUAAUAAAGAUGCUGAAGCUCUGGCGGCUGCACAGCAGCACUUCAAUGCUGUUUCCGCUGGCCUGUCCAGUAAUGAAGAUGGAGCAGAAGCAACUCUUGCUGGUCAAAUGAUGGCCUGUAAAAAUGAUAUAAGUAAAGCUCAGACAGAAGCCAAACAGGCUCAGAUGAAGCUGAAGCAUGCUCAACAGGAAUUAAAGAAUAAACAAGCUGAAGUUAAGAAGAUGGAUAGUGGCUACAGGAAGGAUCAAGAAGCUUUAGAAGCUGUAAAAAGACUUAAAGAGAAACUUGAAGCUGAAAUGAAAAAGCUAAAUUAUGAAGAAAAUAAAGAGGAAAGCCUUUUGGAAAAGCGCAGGCAGCUGUCUCGUGAUAUUGGUAGAUUGAAAGAAACAUAUGAAGCUCUAUUAGCCAGAUUUCCCAAUCUUCGAUUUGCAUACAAGGAUCCAGAGAAGAACUGGAAUAGAAAUUGUGUGAAAGGACUUGUGGCUUCUCUGAUUAGUGUGAAAGAUACUUCUGCAACCACAGCUUUAGAAUUAGUGGCUGGAGAACGACUCUACAAUGUUGUAGUAGACACAGAAGUUACUGGUAAAAAGCUACUCGAAAGGGGGGAACUGAAACGUCGAUACACCAUAAUUCCACUCAAUAAAAUUUCAGCCAGAUGUAUUGCACCAGAAACUCUGAGAGUGGCUCAGAAUCUUGUUGGCCCUGACAGCGUUCGUGUGGCUCUUUCCCUGGUUGAAUAUAAACCAGAACUUCAGAAAGCAAUGGAGUUUGUCUUUGGAACAACAUUUGUUUGUGACAAUAUGGAUAAUGCCAAAAAAGUGGCCUUUGAUAAGAGGAUAAUGACUAGAACUGUAACUCUCGGAGGCGAUGUGUUUGAUCCGCAUGGGACAUUGAGUGGAGGUGCUCGAUCCCAGGCGGCUUCUAUUUUAACCAAGUUUCAAGAACUCAAAGAUGUUCAGGAUGAACUGAGAAUCAAAGAGAAUGAGCUGUGGGCUCUAGAGGAGGAAUUAGCAGGUCUUAAAAACACUGCUGAAAAGUAUCGCCAACUAAAACAGCAGUGGGAGAUGAAAACUGAAGAGGCAGAUUUAUUACAAACCAAGCUCCAGCAAAGCUCAUAUCACAAGCAACAAGAAGAAUUAGAUGCCCUUAAAAAAACCAUUGAGGAAAGUGAGGAGAUUUUGAAAAACACUGAAGAAAUCCAAAGAAAAGCCGAAGAAAAAUAUGAAGUAUUGGAAAAUAAAAUGAAAAAUGCAGAAGCUGAGAGAGAGCGAGAACUGAAGGAUGCUCAGAAAAAACUGGAUUGUGCCAAAACAAAGUCAGAUGCAUCUAGCAAGAAGAUGAAAGAAAAACAACAGGAAGUUGAAGCUAUCACUCUGGAACUGGAAGAGCUCAAGAGAGAGCAUACAUCUUACAAACAACAGCUUGAAGCUGUAAAUGAAGCUAUCAAAUCCUAUGAAAGUCAGAUUGAAGUAAUGGCAGCUGAGGUGGCUAAAAAUAAGGAGUCAGUAAAUAAAGCUCAAGAAGAAGUGACCAAGCAAAAAGAGGUAAUAACAGCCCAAGACACUGUAAUUAAAGCUAAAUAUGCAGAAGUGGCAAAACACAAGGAGCAAAACAAUGAUUCUCAGCUUAAAAUUAAGGAAUUAGACCACAACAUCAGCAAACAUAAACGGGAGGCUGAAGAUGGUGCUGCAAAGGUAUCCAAAAUGUUGAAAGAUUAUGACUGGAUUAAUGCAGAGAGACACCUCUUUGGCAAACCCAAUAGUGCCUAUGAUUUCAAAACUAACAACCCUAAAGAAGCUGGUCAGAGACUUCAGAAGUUGCAAGAAAUGAAGGAGAAACUAGGAAGAAAUGUCAAUAUGAGAGCUAUGAAUGUAUUGACAGAAGCUGAAGAGCGGUAUAAUGACUUGAUGAAGAAGAAGAGAAUUGUAGAAAAUGACAAAUCCAAAAUUCUUACAACUAUAGAAGACCUAGACCAGAAGAAAAACCAAGCCCUAAAUAUUGCAUGGCAAAAGGUGAACACGGACUUUGGCUCUAUUUUUUCUACUCUUUUGCCUGGUGCUAAUGCUAUGCUUGCACCACCAGAGGGUCAAACUGUUUUGGAUGGUCUGGAGUUCAAGGUUGCCUUAGGAAAUACUUGGAAAGAAAACCUAACUGAACUCAGUGGUGGUCAGAGACAGAAACAUCUGAACCAUACUACAGGUUAAAGGAAGUUCUCAGGCAAAAGGAAAAUGAUACCAGAUGGAACCUUGGAUCUACAUAAAGGAAGGAAGAGUGUUGGAAAAUAACAUGGAUUUGGAGUUCAGGAAAGUUUCUUCCAACCUUACACAGUGAUUCAGAAAGUCAGCAUAGUGAUAGAAAUCUAAAAGGUCAUAUGUCCUCACGUCUUACCUGCAGAUAGCCAAUUAAUUAAAACCUCCUAAAAGAAGGUUGUGAAUGAAUAUUCACAUAAUUGAAAUUAGUGAUUAAUUUAGUAAUUUUUUUUUCUCCGACAUGUUAUAUAAUCCAUAGGCCUUGAAUUGUUCUUCUGUGUCCUGUAAUACCAUCAUGUAACCCUUUUUUUAUGUACAUAGAAAAUAUAGACACCUGUUAAUGUUCCUUAUGACCCCUUGUAUCAUUUUUAUGAGUAGAAAUAUAUUUUAUUUAUAUUUUUUAUAAAAUUUGUAAAUAAGAAUCAAAAAUACAGCACCUGCUCUGCCUGUUCAUAAAAAUUGAAUUCCACAGUUUAGUUCCCAGUAUCUUUAGCUAUAUUUGCCAAAGCCCUAGAAAAUGUUUUGAGGAAAAUAGAAAAUGUGUGCUUCUCUUCUUACUGGGACCUAUAAAUUAUUUCUGUAAUUAAAAUGCUAUAAAGUUAUUUUUAGAUAUACCACUAUCCAGCGUGGCAGUUAAAAAAAAAAUUCUGCUAUGCUGAAGGGUUAAAGAUUAAGUUUAAAACUCAAUACUUGAGGCACUCAUCACAGAGAAAGACAAACAUAAUUUUAGGUUGGCUGAAUGACUUUAGCUCCCUUUUAUAGAGGUGAUUAACAGUCUCACUGUGAUUUCAUUUUGAUGAUACUGUUUUAUUCUUUUUUUUUUUUUUUGCUAGCAAUUUUUCUCCACUUGUGCACACAUUUUUCCCUACUUACUUAUGUAUUUCCUAAUAAAUAGCCUUAUUAGAAUGCAGCAGGCCUUGGGCCG